AUGAAUCGCAUCGAUAUAAAGAGGACAAAAGUCCUCGACCACCGCAAAAAACAGUUCGCGGAUCCUUCGUACAAGGACACGGAGUAUCCGCACCGCCUGAACUUCUACUCCACGCCGCCCACCGCCGACAUCACCCUAGAGCAAUUUGAGCAAUGGGCGAUGGACAGGUUGAGGAUCCUUGCUGAACUUGAAGCGUGCUCUUUCCGAAACAAGACACCCGCCGAAACUGCCGUUCACAUGAAACCACUGCUGGAGAAGUACCUUCCGCUCGAUUCGACAAGCUCCAACAGCUCCGAAUUAAAUAUUCAACGCCAACGGGACCACUACAGCCAUUUCAUUUUGCGCCUAGCGUUUGCGUCGACCGAGGACUUGCGCCGUCGUUUUACUCGCGUCGAGACGAUGCUGUUUCGUCUACGCUUUCAGGCCGACGACUCGCGCGAGCGGGCUGCUUUUGUGCGCUCUCUAAACCUUGACUGGGAACCCGUGUCGGAAGAAGAAAAGCGCGAACUAGCACCACUGCUGGCGACGACAAUCGGGUUUGGUCACGGGAGGCGGGCGCAGCAGGUGAUGGACGAAGAGUGGUGCAAGGUGGAUUGGAUGCGGGUACCAGAUUUGACAGAGGGGCGGAAGGUGUACAUUAGGGCGGGCAAGGCAUAUGUUCCGGCGAGGGAGCAGCAGAGCAUGGUCCUGAAUGCGUAUACGAAACGGCUGGAGCAGGCCUUGGAACUCACAUCACGCGCCCUUCCACGGCUAGACGAAGACGACCGGCUCACACCGAUCCUUGACCAUCUCUCGAAAAGUUUCAUCGCACCCGAUGCGAGCUACACGGGCUCGGGCACCGCGAUCGACGGCGCUGAGAUCACGGCAGGUAAUAUGGAUAAUCUGUCACAGCACUUCCCCAUGUGCAUGUCAAACCUACACCGCUCUCUCCGGCGCGAUGCACACCUUAAACACUUUGGGCGGUUACAAUACACACUCUUCCUCAAGGGCAUCGGACUCAACCUAGAGGAGUGUCUCAUCUUUUGGCGAUCGUCGUUCCGCAACAUCACGGAUGACACAUUCAACAAGGACUAUCGCUACAACGUGCAGCACGCAUAUGGCCAGGUAGGCGGCGACAUGAACCGCCGCGGUGGUGGGUACAGCCCUUUCAGCUGCCAGAAGAUCCUGACGGAGCGCGCGCCCGGAUCUGGGGAGGCUCAUGGUUGCCCGUACCGCCACUUUAGCCUCGACAACCUCACCGCACUGCUCCGCGCGUCGGGGGUGACCGAUCGCGGGGUGCUGCAGGGCGUUAAGGAGGACACAGACAGCCAAAAAUUUCACAUGGCUUGUAAUCGCGUCUUCGAGCAUCUGCACCACACGGAACUGAAACGAGCCAAGGACGAUGGGAUCAUGACAGCGGCGCAGCUGGACACAAUCGUACACCCGAACGAAUACUUCAAGCGGAGUUAUCAGCUCAAAAAUAUGGAUGGUCGCAGUAAGCAAAAGCAAGAGGGAGAUAUCAAAAUGGAAGGGUAG